AUGUUCUUCCUCUCGUUCAUAUUCACCUCGACUUGGUGGGCCUUCUUGGCCCAACCCACUGCAGCUUACACAUGGGCAUUCGACAACUCUCCGACCCAGUGCGGCCCUCUGGCCGUGUCUAUCCUCGACGACACGGGUGGCAACCCACCCUAUAAUCUUCUCAUCGUCCCGCAUGGCCCCACCCCAUUGGCCAUAGAGCCUAGAACAGUCCAAACUCUCACAUUCAACACAAACACAGAGCUGAACUUCACCCUGAAAUAUCCAGCCAGGUCUCAGCUCGUAGCAGUGAUGAGUGACCAGAGCGGGUUUGCGUCAGGAGGAACAAGCGCGGCAUGGACUGUCGAGGAACCUGCUCCGGGGAUCCCGCUAUGUUUCGAUCAGAGCCGCAAUGAAAGUCAACCCUGGGACUUUGAUAUUUCUCCUCAGUCCGCCGACUCGUCUAUUCUCAUCAGUUGCGGAUCGUACACUCUCGAAUGGAACACAGGGGAUGGAGUGGUCACGGGCACUCCGAACUUCGUCGGAAUAAUACCCUCCGGCGAAUCCUUCAACAUUAGCGGUACACCCCACAACGGCCCACCACAAGGGCUAGACUGGAUAGUCCCACUCAACCCAGGGACGGACUUCAUACUCGUCGCGGGAGAUCAAAGCGCCACAGGCUCUGGUGGCACCGUGAACUACGGCAUCGAAGCAGCCUCUAGCCCUCCUAGCACUGCCUGCCCCGCGCAGUUAUUCUCAACAACAUCAGGUACACCAGCUGGGGGCCCUCCGACGAGUAGUGUCUCUUUGUCUACAGGAAGCAUCCCGAAGAGCACUGCCACAUCGUCUAUACCUCCGGAGAGCACGGAUCACAAGCCAAAUAUAGGAGCCAUUGCUGGUGGUGCCGCUGGCGGUGGAGUUGCAAUAUCUAUAGCCUUUCUUUCUCUCAUUCUCUGUCUGCGACGGCAUCGCAAACGCCGUGAACAGAUCGACUUGGACGGGCCACCGGUCUUCAUCACCAACGAAUUGGAAGUACCACCGGUUACAUCUGUCAGACCUACGUCGUUCAACCCGUCGAUGCUCUAUGCGAACCCAGAGAUGACCUACUUGGAGCGACCAGAGUCAGAGGCACAAGCUAGCUCUUCUUCAUCUGCGCCACCCGCUGUGAACAACACCAAGCGAAAGCUACCCGUACAGUCUCCCAGAACGUCUUCUGGGUCGAGGACAGAGAUCAUCAUUCGACACGUAGAUUCUGGGAGGGUAGAGAUGCCGGAGGUAGCGGAACGACCAGCAACUAUCGAACUGCCUCCAUUAUACGAUGCGUCACUCAAAGACUAG